CCGAGCGGAGCGCCUGGGUGGGGGCCGCGCGGGGGCGAAGACAACAAAGGGCGGCGGGCGGCCGGCGGCGGGGACAGAGUCUGCCGGUGCUCCCCUCAGGUCGCGCGCCCGGGUCCCCGCCUACCCCGCUCCAGAUGAAGUGUGAGCACUGCACGCGGAAGGAAUGUAGUAAAAAAACAAAAACCGAUGACCAAGAGAAUGCAUCAGUCGAUGUACCGAGUCCAGCCCAGGAGAAUGGAGAGAAGGGGGAAUUCCACAAGUUGGCUGAUGCCAAGAUAUUUUUGAGUGACUGCCUGGCGUGUGACAGCUGCAUGACAGAAGAGGAAGGAGUCCAGGUUUCCCAGCAGAACACCAAGGACUUCUUCCGUGUACUGAACCUUAAUAAGAAAUGUGACUCCUCACUGCACAAGGUGCUGGCCGUGUCAGUGUGUCCUCAGUCUCUGCCUUAUUUUGCUGCUAAAUUCAGCCUCAGUGUGACUGAUGCGUCCAGAAGACUCUGUGGCUUCCUCAAAAGUCUCGGAGUGCAUUAUGUGUUUGACACAACGAUAGCUGCGGACUUCAGCAUCCUGGAAAGCCAGAGAGAAUUCGUGCGUCGGUACCACCAGCACAGUGAGGAGCAACCCGCAUUACCCAUGCUGACCUCCGCCUGUCCUGGUUGGGUCCGAUACGCUGAGCGGGUACUGGGUCACCCCAUCACCCCUCACCUCUGCACCGCCAAGUCUCCCCAGCAGAUCAUGGGCUCUCUGGUGAAGGAUUACUUCGCCAGACGGCAGGUAAGCCGACCUCUUCCUGGAGGGCAGCACGGGUCAGGAGCUGGGCUUCCAUGUGGGGCUAGCUGGUGCUGGAACUGGUUCGGAGACCUGGAGGAGGAGGAGCUGAGGCGGCAUGACGGGGCCAGCUCCGAUGGGUACCUGGCGCACAUCUUCCGGCACGCGGCCAAGGAGCUGUUCAACGAGGACGUGGGGGAGGUCACCUAUCGCACCUUGAGGAACAAGGACUUCCAGGAGGUCACCCUUGAAAGGAACGGGGAAGUUCUGCUCCGCUUCGCCGCUGCAUUCGGCUUUCGGAACAUCCAGAACGUGGUCCUGAAGCUGAAGAAGGGGAAGUUCCCGUACCAUUUCGUGGAGGUCCUCGCCUGUGCCGGGGGUAAGGCUCGGCCCCACAGCCCCUGUAAGAAAUGGGCCCUCCUCACCCACCCCAAGCUUGCUCAGCGCCCACGGCUUUGCGAGAGCGUGGACGCUGCCCCGGUGGCUGUGACGUGAUGGCCCCUCUUGUUCCUGCACACCCACCGAGAAAAGAGCGGGUAGUCAGAUGUCACCUUGGGACCCCUGGGGAGUAGGAGUUGAGGACAAGGAGGCGGCUGGUGAGACAGGCUGAGGGGUCCCUGCAGACCUGGGGGCUGGGCCAGACUCACCUGUGCCCGGGAGUUAGAGCUUCGGCUGGGGGAGCCAGGGCUGGGAGUCUGAGGAGAGAUGCAGGCCACUCACGGGGAGUGCGCAGAUCUCUGCAUUGGCUGAGUGUCUUCUUGAGAUUUGAGGUCAAAAGUGGCAACUGGGUGCUGCCAGGGUAGCACCCAAGAGGGGAGAGUCUUGGCCAAGGGGAAAUGGGCUGCAGAUCCUUUUAAGUAGAUUUUAUCCUAUAAAU